UUCCCCGACGGGCAGCGGGGCGCUGGGUCGCCGCGUUUGGGCUGAGCGCGGCGACGCUGCUGCCCCGAAAUCCUCCCCGAUCUUGAGGCGUAUGGAACCUCAAGGUCUUUGUGAUAAUGGAAACCAAAAAAUUGAUUGGUAAACCGCUUCAACCAGCAAGACCUGUUCGUCAUCUGACUUCUCCCCCUGGAGCAGUAUUCCCUUUCAACUUUCAGAAUGAAUAUUCAUGCAACACUCAAUGCUUACAAAGUGGAGUUAGCAGAUGUAAGACGAAUGGAAUGCAAGCCUUUUCUCAAGGUCAUAAUGAACAACAGCAACAUCAGUCUCCAGUUAAAAAAGAGAGAAUUAAAUACAGCAGAGAUUUCCUGUUGAAGCUCUCAAGCGUUUCCAUCUGCAGAAAAAAACCAGACUUUCUGCCUGAUCAUCCCAUUGUACUUCAAAAACCAGAAAACCACCAAAGUUUUAAGUAGCAUUUUAAGAACAAAUGAAUUUGAAGAUAAAGAAUUAUUCAUUUUCUAUUUUGGACACCUGCAAAUGAAGUGGAUCUAGUAACAAUAACUGUAAUGGACUGUGACAAUUCAGUUUAUUUUUAAUUUUGAUGGUUGGGUAUUUGGUUUCUCCUAAAAUGAGAAAUAUUUUAAACUAUAAAGAAUUUUCUAAUCAGUUUCAGCUUUGCAGGCAGUUUCCUGCAUAAAUUGGGAAGUAACACUGGAAAGUAAGAAUUUGGUUAGUAGGGAAGGCUGUAUUUAUAAUUUGCAUGCUACUUGCAAUUUUUUGUUUUUCAUCUCUUGUAAUAAUGGAAUGGAAAUGUAAGCUGUAAAGAUUCUCAAAUAUAAAGUAUUUGCUAUGAUGUA